AAUUUAUUUGCUAAAUGAGUUAGCUUAAGAGGUUAUAGAGUUAAAGGGAUGAUCCCAUUUCUUGUAUAAUUGAACCUUCGAAAAUUCUCGGAGGACUCUAUUUAGGCAACAUGGAAGCUGCAAGUAUUAGAUACCAAUUGAUUUUAGGUGACCCAUACACUUUAUCGCAACAUUAAAUCAAAGCCAUUUUGACUGUGUGUCCUUAGAGCAUCCCUUCGUCAACCAAAAUCAAGCUCAAUUUUUAUCAUUAAUGCAUGGCUGACGACGAGGAUAGCUAUUAAAUAAGCAAGCACUUUGAUGAGACCUUUAGAUUUAUCGAGGCUUCUAGGAGAUCAACUAAUGUGUUGGUGCAUUGCUAGAUGGGGAUAUCGAGGAGUGCAGUUAUCGUGUUGGCUUAUCUCGUAAAAAAGGAGUUGAUGGGGGCUCGAGAAGCACUUGAAUAUGUGGAGAAGAGAAGGACGAUCAUAUUUCCAAAUAAUGGUUUUCUGAGACAAUUGGGAGCGUUUGAACGAUAGGUGUUCAAUGAUUUGAUAAAUGAAUCGAAUUGCAAUAAGAAGACUGGGAGUCCCAAGCAUGUGGAACGGGAGUACAAGUAGAGACAGUUUGAUGAUGAAUUUGAGACGAAGAUGCUCAGAUUAAAGGAGUCGAACAAGUAGCCACAGUAUCAGUAUGAGUACAAUUUAACGAAAUCGAAUGUUUACAGAAAACAAGAGAACACUUUGUUUUCCAAUUUCUACUAUAAACACUAUUGAAAUUAUAAUAAUA